AGAUUGGUAUAUACUUUGGAUUGGACAAGUAUGCCAAGGUUAAUCUGACGCGAGGACUGCUUACUGGCGUUUCUGAAGAGCCUGCGCUUGUGAAUCUUAUUAAACAUAUUGACGCUGGAGAGACCUGUGCUUACCUGGGCGUGCCUCAUAGCAACACUCAGAACGUAACAUUAGUAAAGGAGUCUUUUUGAAGCAGAUACAAGCCUCUUUUUUGACAAAUUUAGUCUUCAAAUUGGUCGGCGUUGAUCAAGGUAUCUGAGACUAACGUGCUUGACAUCCCAGUUAUUGUUACUCUACUCGUUUGUGGUAGUUUCACGAGUGAAGAACGAGAUUACAGCUUCUUGAUGUUGCAAAUUAUAUAUUGUUGCAAAUGGAAGAGUCCUCUUUUAAAAAUGAAUUAAGUUCACUUUCUUCAUGUCUCACGGCGUCAAGCAGAAAAGAAGAUUUACUGGAAGCUCAGGAGAGACCAUUCCUUUACUACCAAGAUAUUAACGGAAAACUUGAGCCAGUCAACUUAAAUACUGAUAACUUGCGUGAAUCUAAUGGUUUUUACAUCGGGAAAAAUGUCGGGCAUGGCAAAGCGGUUCCUCUUUAUAAUGCGAACUGCAAGCCUGUUUUUCAAAAAGUUAAACAAUUUAACGCUAAAGGGCAAACGAUUGUAGACCUAGUCUAUCUUGAAAUGUACGACAUCCACCAAAGAUAUAUUACGUUACUAAAAGUGCCUCGUCAUUCCGAAAUUCAGGAGGAGUAGUCCAAUAUUUUUCGCAAGCUUGGUUCGUUGUGCCGAAUUUUCGGCACUAGUCCAUUCUCCUUUUUAACUCCGGCAAUUUUUCAGGACGUCUAGACACAUCCUGAGUCAUGAUACAAAAAUGUAUUAUGUGAAAUAUUUGAAUUUCACAG